UACUCCACUUAUCAGUUAAACAAGACUGCCCAUUUUUCAUUCAAAAACCCUAUAGGUGCGAGAGAAAAAUGGAGGCGAAGAAGGGUGAAAUUGCUUCUAAUAAAAACCCUAAAAAGGCAAAUCUUUUGGAUCACCAUUCGAUCAAACACAUCCUCGAUGAAUCUGUCACUGAGAUCGUGAAGAGCAAGGGGUAUCCUGAAGAUGUUAGGUUGAGUAACAUUCGGUUGUUGAUUGGGACGAUCAUCAUUAUUAUUGCACUUUUUGCGCAAUUCUACAACAAGAAGUUUCCCGAGAACCGGAAUUUCCUUAUUGGAUGCAUUAUCUUGUAUAUUGUAUUCAAUGGGAUAUUGCAGCUGAUUAUAUACAUCAAGGAAAAGAACGCAAUUCUAUUCACCUACCCUCCAACUGGAUCUUUCCACACUACCGGCUUAGUCAUUACUUCUAAGUUGCCGAGAUUCUCAGACAAGUAUACACUUAUAAUAGCAAGUGCAGAUCCUGAAUCAAUAUCUGCAAAACCACCAGUUGAAUUUACUAAAAGCGUCACUCAGUGGUUCACCAAGGAAGGAGUUCUGGUGGAGGGUUUGUUCUGGAAAGAUGUCGAGGACCUAAUAAAAAAAUACGCUGAAGAAACUAAAAAGAGCAAGUAGAAUUCGAACUUCCCCAAUACAAAAACGGACUAUAGGAUAGUUUUACUUGCAGGGGUGACAUUAACUGUGAAAGAAACCUGAAAUAUUUUUGUAUAAAAAACCAUGCAAUCAAUUCUGGAACCAAUUCUCCUUGCAGCGAGUGUGGCUUCAUUUGGUCCAGUUGAUAUUGGGAUUAUUCUCUCCUAAAGUUAAUUGCUUACAUGUUUUACCUUGCACGAUAACCCGUAAAUUAUCAAUUUCUUGGCGGAUCUAACUUUGCAUUUCUUUUUCACAAGUUCUGUUUAUAAUACUUGACCUUUUUUUU